CAACAUGGUUCAAUAAAUAUAUUAAAAGAUUAAAAUUUGUAACAAAGAUUUUUCGUUAUAAUUCAAUCGAUAAGUUGCUUUACAACUACUUAGUGUCCAGUGAAAUCAAUGUGUUCAUUAAACGUUUUUGGAAUGAGACAAAUUUGUUCAUUGAAAAAUGUGAACUAAGCUUAAAGUACAAAUUCAAUGGAAAAUUGGAAAAGGAUACUUGCGCAAUAUUGAUGGAAUCAGAUGAUUGUUUGUGGGUGUUUCAUGGUUAUGGACGACAACGGAUUUACGCGAUAAUAAUAUCUUCCUCGUUAUAAAUCCAUAAAUUAUCGUCCUUGGAUCGUCUUUCAAUAGUUUAUAGUAGCUUUACAUCAUAGAACUUCAUAAAAAAUAAAGUUAUAAGCUCAAAUGCGGAAUUAGGAAAUGUGAUGUGCUGUAACCAGAGCUACUACUUUGUAUGAGGAAUUACCAAGUACAUGAAUAUGAUGCCAUGGAGAAAUUUCCAUUAAAGGGUACUUCAACAUCUACUUCAUUGAACAAACCAAAUAGCCCACUUACAACCUAUAACUCGGUUGAUGCAAAGAAAGGUAAUGGUAUAGAAAAUAGUAAUAUUGAUAAUCCAAGUAUUCGAAGUGAAAUUACUAGUCGUGGUAUAAGCAUAAGUAGUGAUGAAGACAUGCUGGAUGUGAAACAACAAAGUGUUUCUCAUCAUCCUGAGAGUAACCAGUUUCUAGAAAGGAGCGUACGCGUAGAUGAUGCCUCCUCCCACUUCUCGGCUGAUUCUGAUGAUAUUCCUGGUAUUGGCCAAUAUGAUGAUUUCCAUACUAUCGACUGGCAAAGAGAUAUUGCCAGAGAUCGUAUGCACCACCGAUAUAUACUGAAAAAAAAACACGAUUCUAUUUGGGAUUUAAUCAAGGGAGCCCAUGACGCUUGGUCAGGAUGGCUUUGCGUAUUAUUUGUUGGUCUAUUUACUGGAGUAGCGGCUGGUGUUAUUGAUAUAGGAGCAUCGUGGAUGACUGAUCUCAAAUUUGGAAUUUGCCCACAAGCAUUUUGGUUAAAUAAGGAACAAUGCUGUUGGAGUUCUAAUGAAACUUCUUUUGAUGGAGAUAACUGUUCACAGUGGAGAACGUGGCCUGAAGUAUUUAGUCAAUCAAAAAAUGGAGCAGGUCCCUAUAUUAUUUCUUAUAUGUUUUAUAUUGCAUGGGCACUUUUGUUUGCCUCAUUGUCUGCAUCUUUAGUGCGAAUGUUUGCUCCUUACGCUUGCGGCUCUGGUAUACCUGAGAUUAAAACAAUUUUAAGUGGAUUUAUUAUCCGAGGUUAUUUGGGUAAAUGGACGUUAAUUAUCAAAUCUGUAGGACUUAUUCUCUCUGUAUCAGCGGGUUUAAGUCUUGGAAAAGAAGGUCCGAUGGUACAUAUUGCGUGUUGUAUUGGCAAUAUUUUUUCUUAUUUAUUUCCUAAGUAUGGCAAAAAUGAAGCAAAAAAGAGGGAAAUUUUAUCAGCUGCAGCUGCAGCUGGAGUGUCUGUGGCUUUUGGAGCACCUAUAGGAGGUGUACUUUUUAGCUUAGAAGAAGUCAGUUACUAUUUUCCUCUCAAAACAUUAUGGCGAUCAUUCUUCUGUGCUCUUGUAGCUGCUUUCGUAUUACGAUCAAUAAAUCCAUUUGGCAAUAAACAUUCUGUACUAUUUUACGUUGAAUAUAAUAAACCCUGGAUCUUUUUUGAGCUUAUUCCUUUUAUUAUUCUUGGAAUUAUUGGAGGAAUAAUUGGAACAUUAUUUAUCAAAGCUAAUCUUCGCUGGUGUCGAUAUCGUAAAUCAUCUAAACUUGGACAAUAUCCAGUUACUGAGGUAUUAGUAGUAACUGUUCUUACAGCAGUUAUUGCUUAUCCUAAUCCAUAUACGAGAAUGAGUACCAGCCAACUCAUCUACUUACUAUUUAGAAAAUGUGGCGUGUCUGAUACAGAUAUGUUAUGUGACUAUCAACGAAAUUUUGCUGAUGUUAAUUCAGUUUACCUUUUGGUAUUGGCAUUUAUUUUUAAAUUAAUUAUGACCAUAUUCACUUUUGGCAUGAAGGUGCCCUGUGGUCUUUUUAUACCAUCUCUGUGUCUUGGUGCCAUAGUUGGUCGCAUAGUUGGCAUUGGCAUGGAGCAACUUGCUCAUCAGUAUCCUCACAUAUGGAUGUUCAGUGAAGAAUGUUCAACAGGCGAAGAUUGUAUAACUCCUGGAUUAUAUGCUAUUGUUGGAGCAGCAGCGGUUUUAGGAGGUGUCACUCGCAUGACAGUAUCUCUUGUGGUAAUAAUGUUUGAAUUGACAGGUGGAGUUCGGUAUAUAGUACCACUAAUGGCAGCGGCAAUGGCAAGCAAAUGGGUCGGAGAUGCUCUUGGCAAACAAGGAAUUUAUGAUGCGCACAUUGGUCUUAAUGGAUAUCCCUUCCUUGAUAGUAAAGAUGAAUUUCAACAUACUACUCUAGCAGCUGAUGUAAUGCAACCAAAGCGCAAUGAAACUUUACACGUACUUACUCAAGAUUCAAUGACGGUCGAAGAUGUUGAGAACCUCUUAAAGGAAACCGAGCAUAAUGGUUUUCCUGUUAUAGUUUCAAAGGAGUCUCAAUAUCUUGUUGGCUUUGUUUUACGAAGAGAUUUAAAUUUAGCUCUUGCUAAUGCAAAACGUAUGCUUGAGGGUAUAAACAGGCAAUCUCUUGUAAUUUUCACAAGUGGUAAUAAUAUACAGACACAUACACAUCCGCCGCUCAAGCUGAAAAAAAUCUUGGAUAUGGCUCCAAUUACUAUUACAGAUCAGACUCCGAUGGAGACUGUUGUUGAUAUGUUCAGAAAGUUAGGCUUACGACAAAUGCUUGUUACGCAUAAUGGGCGUUUGCUCGGAGUCAUUACUAAAAAAGAUGUGUUGAGGCAUGUAAAGCAACUUGAUGAUGAGGAUCCAAAUUCUGUAUUAUUUAAUUAAUUUAGUUUUCUAUAAAUAUCUGUAUGCGAAACAUGCUUGAUAACUCAAUCAAAGAUUUAAGUCUGAUAGAGUCAAUCUGAAAAGUUGGUUUUAAUGCUAUUAAAGCGGAUUAACAUAGUUGCAAAAUGAGACAUCACCAAAUGUUCGAAGUAAUAAUUCCAUAAGACGUCAUUAUAUUAUUCGUGAGCAAACUAUGUGUACUAUUUGUUCAUAGCUCAUGUUUUGUUCUUUUUACUUUUAUCGUAUAAUAUAUAGUCACUCGUGUAAUUUAAUCAAAUGUAUCUAUUAUAUACAGUCGGUGUUCUCGAAUUGCUGUUUGUAUUAAAAAAAAAAAAAAAAAAAAAAAAAAAAAAAAAAAAAA